AGAAGUUUCAAGCCCGCCAAGUAGCCCAUAUGCAGAACCACACAGACAUCGGGUCCAAACAAUUACUACCAUGGGCCGAAUUGAUAGGCUAGCUUGGCCAUUCCCCAGAUGCCCUAAGACCAAGGCGAAGAAGAAGUAGCGGAGCAUCUAUGGCGACUCCCGGGGACGGCGAGGACGCGCCGCCGCCGCAGCAGCCGGUGUCCGCGGGGGCUGGAGGUAGCGUGAUCGCGAAGCUGGAGGAGCAGUGGAGGAAGACGAAGGAGCAUGCGGAAACCUACCCGUACGUCUGGGGCUCCUACAUCCUCGUCUACGGUGGCCUGGGUGCCUACCUAACCUGGCGAUGGCGCAAGCUCCGCCGCACCGAGGACCGCGUCCGCGUCCUCCAGGGACGCCUCCGCCAGCUCGCCGCUGCCGAGGAGUCGCAGGCCGCUUCCACUCCUACCCCAACCCCUCCCCUGCAGCCGCCGCCGCCGCCGCCGACUGGGUCCGGCAAGCCCGCCGCCGCCCCGUGAAGAGUAAGCUUCCAUAGACAACUUCUUAACCUGAAAAGUUUGAACAAUUCCUGCAUCGUUCGAGCUCGUGGUAGUUUUGAUGUUUAUUGUGCUCCUGGACCGGAAGAAAUAGAGGAAGUUAGGACACUAAGUUUCCAAUUAUGUGUUCAUACUCAAGAUCAUUGUGGAGAAGAUUACAUUGUUGUGAUUCGUGUAUGUUGAUCACUCCCAUGAAUCGAUGAUGGCUCGCCUCUCUUUUUUUCUGUUAUACCAGCACUACCUUUUUUCUACA